AUGACGGUGAUCGGGAGUUUGGUGGCUUCGACGCUUUGGCAUGUGGUAAAGAUAUACCCGCUAACGAGUGAAUGUAUUGACUCGCUACAAUCGGAAAUUUGGAAAUUCGUUUGGUCAAAGAAACCGGAGUGGGUGCGUCGGGAAACGUGUUUGUCGGACUAUUUGAAUGGGGGUCUGCGAAUUAUUAAUCUUGACAUCAAAAGUAAAGCAUUGUUGUUCGGUCGUGUCUUCCGAUUUCUUGAAGAGAGUGAGGCACCUUGGAAAGAUUUCAUGCGUUAUUACAUCGGACGGGCUUUAGGCAUAAACGAUAACUCGAGACCAAAUAGUGACAUUCCAACUCCGUUUUAUAGUCAUCUUCUUCGUGUUCUGAGAGAAUUUGCUGUUGAUUCGGGACAACCUUGCACGAGCAAAAUGUAUUACCUAAAACGUAUUGAAGAUUGCGUUACCCCGGUACAAGCAAGAAUCGAGUUGGCUUUGAAUCAAAGAUUUGGUCUUGGUUUAAUCUGGAAAGAGAUUUGGAAGGAUGUCGCUCGAAGUUUCAAUGAUCCAGUGUUACGUGAUUUUGAUUGGCGCACGGUACAUCGGGUUUUACCUGUCAAUUUCAGAGUGCAUAAAUGGUAUUCACGAAUAUCCUGCAGCAUGUGCACGGUGUGGUGA